AAAAAAAGUAUAUUUUUUAUUUAAAAUUACUUUAAAGAAAAUUGCUCAUGCGAGAUUUACUAAUUAAUGCUACAAUCAAAUUCUUACUUCAUUCAUCCUUUUUGCUGAAAGGUAUACGCAUUGACUGGGAGGAUAUGUUUCGUUCGAAGAAGAUUGAAGAAGUAGAAAGGCGCCAAGGAUCCGUACAAGCUGAAAUGUGCCAACUAGUGUCAUCUCUCCUGAACCUAGUUUUCGGAAUCAAGGAUUUAUAUGAAAUGGCGUUGGCCAAUUGCCAGCGCCGUCAACUUAUGUGGUACAUGUGGUAUGAGAUAAAAAUGUCAAAUGAUGAAACAAGGAAGACUGGUUGCGUUGAUACAGCUGUCUUACGUGCUAUCAAGGAAGGGAAUUUUGAGUUUGUUUAUGAAAUAGUGGGAACAAAUCCAGAUCUCUUGUGGUGCAAAGAUGACAAAGGCAGAACCAUAUUUCCGAGUGCAGUCCUAUAUCGCCAAACUAAAAUCUUUAGUCUUAUAUACGGGCUUCAUGUGAAGCUCCCGAAGGUAUACUCUCAAGAUUGCUUCAACAACAAUAUAUUACAUAUGGCAGGAAUGUUAGAACCUUCUACCCAGCUUAAUCGCAUCCCAGGUGCAGCAUUGCAGAUGCAACGAGAGCUACAAUGGUUUAAGGAGGUGGAGAGUAUUGUUAAUCCCCAGCUUAAGGAAGCUUUAAACAAUGAUCGUUUGACUCCUCGAGAAUUGUUUACCCGCAACCACAAGGACAUGAGGAAAGCAGGAGAGCAACAAAUGAAGGAUACAGCAAGUUCUUGUACAGUUGUAGGCGCUCUCAUUGUCACCAUUAUGUUUGCUGCGGCCUUUACCAUUCCAGGUGGCAACGACCAAGCCACAGGCUUGCCAAUGUUCCGAAAUGAAAAAUUGUUUAAGCUCUUCAUAAUAUCUGAUUCCCUAUCGCUCUUUUCCUCAGCAACUUCAAUAUUGAUGUUCCUAGCGAUCCUAACAUCGAGUUAUGAAGAAGAAGAUUUCCUCAAAGUCUUGCCAACAAAGAUGAUUAUCGGACUUUUCACUCUUAUCUUUUCUAUAGCAUUUAUGAUGGUAGCCUUCUGCGCCGCUCUUUUGCUUAUGUUACGUGGACAAACAUGGUUUGUCAAUCCGAUCAUUUUUUUGGCUAGUGUUCCAGUCACCUUGUUUGUAUUGAUGCAGCUCCCCCCUUUGAUAGGCAUGGUCAGAUCAACUUAUGGAUCGAGCAUCUUUGAUAGGAAAAUGAAACGUUGGUUUUACUAAUUCAUUGUGCUAGUAUGUUGUUUUGUAUUCCAUUAAUAUUUAGCAUACCAGCCAAAACAGACAUUUUUAUUUAUUUAUUAUUGGACAGAUGAUUGGUAAAUUUUCAGCUACCUUAUGUUGCUUA